AUGACAGUGGCCCCUAUCGCGCUUCCGGAAAAUAGUGUCUUAGACGGAGACGAUGCUGGGCCCUCGAAAGAUACGCCGUCGAAAGACAAAAGCGUGCGUCUCGAGCGCAACCUAGGACUCAUGAGUGGGGUAGCGAUGAUCGUCGGGACCAUGAUCGGUUCCGGCAUCUUCGUGAGCCCCAAAGGUGUUUUACUGCGAUCGGGCUCGGUGGGAAUGACCCUAGUAGUCUGGGCCGGCGGAGGAUUCAUAUCACUACUCGGUGCGCUCAGCUUCGCCGAACUGGGGACUCUUAUCACGAGAUCUGGAGGCGAUUACAUCUACAUUCUAGAGGCAUUCCGCGGACGUUGUUGCGGUUCUAUGGGUGAUAUUCCCGCGUUCUUGUACGCCUGGACAACAUGCUUACUGCUGAAACCCGCCUCUCUCGGAAUCACAACUCAGUCCUUCGCAAAAUACAUGUUAACACCUCUGUACUUGUAUUGCGACGAUACCCCGGCUCUACCCACUAAACUGCUUGCAAUAUGGACGAUAAUUCUCGUCACUAUCGCCAAUUGUUGGAGCGUCACUCUGGCAGCGCGAAUCCAGAACGUCUUCACGGUUGCGAAAAUUUUCGCUCUCAUCUGCAUCAUCUUCGGCGGAAUGUGGGAGUUGGCUCAAGGCCAAACCGAAUAUUUGGAGAGCGGAUUCGAUGGGACCUCGUGGUCUUUCAGCGACAUCGCGUCAGCCUUCUACUCAGCCAUGUGGGCCUACGAUGGCUGGAACAACCUCAACCUUAUCACAGAAGAGCUAAUCAAUCCUUUUGUGAACCUCCCCCGUGCCAUCAUGAUCGGCAUACCGCUCGUGACCGCGUGCUAUGUCUUCACCAACCUGGCAUACUUGACAGUUUUAUCGAGGAGUGAGUUCCUCGCAUCCGAAGCGGUGGCAGUGCGAUUCGGCAAUCAUGUCUUCGGUCGUUUGGCUUCCGUCAUAUCGCUCUUCGUGGCAGCUUCUACUUUCGGCUCAGCUAACGGGUCGACGUUUGCUGCCGCGCGCAUCAGUUUCACGGCGGCUCAAGAAGGCCAUCAACUCGAAUUCUUCAGCUACGCGCAUGUCACUCAUCUGACACCAAUGCCAGCGCUGAUUCUCAACGCGCUCCUCGGCAUACUCAUGGUGGUAGCAGCUGACAUAGGGCAACUCAUUGACUUCUUCGGGUUCGCCGCCUGGUUAUUCUACGGGAUCGCGACCUUCUGUGUGAUCUGGUUCCGGUACACGAGACCGGACGAUCCUCGACCCUACAAGGUCCCGAUCGUAGUUCCCAUAAUCGUGUGCAUUGUCGCCGCCUAUCUUGUCAUCUCACCGAUCGUGAUGAAUCCUCAACUGGAAUAUGUUUACGCAUCUAUCUUCAUCCUGUCCGGAAUACUAUUCUACUUACCCUUCGUGCAUUUCAAAUGGAGGCCUGCUUGCACAGGUCAUUUGACCAAGCUCGGACAAAUUCUACUCAACGUGGUUCCCACCAGCACGCCGGAAGAAGAGAAGAAACUAAUCACCGAGACGAGUAAUCUCUAAAACCCCACGCCAGUCUUCAGUUGGAGUCCUACUUGCCGUCGGAGACCAUUAUGGAAGUCU